AUGCCAACUGUCUUCCGUAUGGAACCGCACGUUGCAAGCCUAAGGCUGGCCGACAAGCGACGUCCGGCGCUCGACGGCAGACUGCCCGUCAUCGAGAUCGAGCCCGCGCUGGACACGGGCACGGGACAGGCGCACCAACGACACCAACCAGCCGCGACCUACAUCGUACUGCCCGGACAGGAGGCGCGCCUCUCGCUGGUCGACACCGGCGCGAACCUGUCCGUCAUCGACGAAACGCUCGCACACAGCAUGCAUCUGGCGCCAUUCAACGGCCCUACCCUACGCAUCGACGGAGUCGGCUCGAGCUACACCUCCGGCUGGGUCACGCUGCGUUUCCACAUCCCAGCCACCCGCGACGGAGCGCCAGUCCUACUCGCGACCGAGGCCGAUUUCCACGUCAUGAAGGACUUCGGUCCGAAAGUCUGCAUCGGGGUCGACACGAUCGCAGCUAUAGAGCCAGUGUUCGAUGUGGCCACAGGCACCGCCACUGCCCAGGGCGCGACCUUCCCCAUCUUCGACACGAAAGGCAAGCCGCUGACGGCCAAGCGAGCGAGCCGGGCCCUCACGGCCAAGAGCAACACAACCAUUCCUCCGCGCUGUCACGCGUGGGUUCCGUUCGAUGCACACCUGCUGCCCGGUGUCGACUACGCGGUGCAGAGUUGUCUUUGGACCGACAAGACCGAGUCGCUACACCUAGCCAUGCCGUCCGCAGUCAUCGACGACUCCACCGCCGCCGUCCUUCUCACCAACUUCGGCGACAGCCCAGCAACGAUCAGAAGCAACACUCGCUUAGGCCAGGCCCUACCGCUCCUGUCGACCGGUCGGGAGGUCACAGCGGGCGCCUUCGCGAUGCAGCCAGCGCCCACGAAGCCCACCGCCGAAGCGCGCACCGCGACAUCCGCAGCUACAGCCAACGACCGCGAUGAGUUCGACUCUGCCGGUUCGACGAAGGGCCACGGAACGACCGCACCGGCCAUCACCGCCGACGCCGAGCCGCCCGAUCGAACAGCUGAGCGCGAACCGUCAGAAGCCGAGGUCCUCACCGACCCAGACAUCGCGCCACACCCGAUCGACUUCGGCGACGACCCUCUGGCCCGUCUCUCGCCGGACCCCGGUGCGACGACGAAGGUCGACAACAUCUUCAACGUUGGCCUUGGGGCAAACGGCGAGCCUCACCCCGCUAUCGUCGACCUACUCCGGCGCCACACCGCCGCCUUCUCGCUCGAUGGCACGCCGGGCCACGUCACCGCCGACGGAUCAGCGAUGCCCAUUCCGCUGAUAGAUGGCAAGGAGAUCCUCCCGGAGGCGCCGCGGCGGUACUCCCCGGAAAAGCGACAGGUCAUGGACGCUCAGAUACAACAGCUCAAAGACUGGGACUGCAUCGAGCCGUCAUCAUCGCCGGUGUCCUUCCCGGUCCUACUCGUCAAACAGGGCGAAAAGUGGCGUUUCUGCGUCGAUUACCGCGGCCUCAACAAAGUCAGCCGCGACGAUCGCUACCCGCUCCCUCGCAUCGACGACAUCUUCGAGGCGCUCGCCGGCCAUCACUGGUUUUCCGGUCUGGACGCAAUCCGCGGAUAUCACCAACUCGACAUCGAGGAGGCCGACAGAUGGAAGACCGCAUUCAUCUGCCCUUCGGGCCUCUACCAGUACAAGCGCGUCCCGUUCGGCCUGAAGGGCGCGCCGGCGUGGUUCCAGCGUUUCAUGGAUCGAGUCCUCGGUCGCCUGCGAUGGCUCCAUGCCGUUGUCUACUUGGACGACGUUGUCGUGUUCUCCAAGACGCUCGAAGAACACGUCGACGCGCUCGACACUCUCCUGACCGCCGCGACCAAAGUCGGACUCCGCUUCUCCCCGUCGAAGUGCCAUUUCGGUCUACGCUCCCUCGCCCUACUCGGCCGCCAACUCUCCGGUGCCGGGAUCUCCGUACAGCAACGGAAGGUGCAGGCCGUGCAGGACAUCGCCGCGCCCAGGACUCUGCAGGAACUCUACCACGUCCUGGGGCUGUUCAACUACUACCGAGACUUCAUCCCUCGGUACGCGGAGCGAGCCCUUCCCCUGUCACGCCUGCUCCGAGGCCAUCGAUAUCGACGAGUUGACGAGAAGGACAAAAAGUGGUCGCUCGUCGAUGCGAACGGCGAACGCACGACUGCGUCCAAGGUCAAGCUGCAAUGGGGACCCACCGAGCAAGCCAGCCUCGACGACCUCAAAGCCAGCCUCAGCUCACCACCGACGCUCGCCUUUCCCGACUACCAGCGGCCAUUCAUCCUGUACACCGACGCAUCGCAGGACGCUUUCGCCGCGGCUCUCCACCAAGACUUCCCCGAGAUCGCGGUCGCUUUCCCUGCCAGACCGGCGCUCGAGCAACCUGCCCUCCUGUCGCUCGAGGAGAUUCGCGAGGCACAACAGAACGACCCGACGAUCGCCGCCAUCCGCGACAGCCUACUGCACAACGGCGACGACUCGUCCGAGGAAGACGGCGACGAACACGCGGAGGCCGAGACCGCCUCAAAUAGCGACGACGAGACGGAGUCCGAGACCGAUCCUGACGAGCAGCCGCAAGGUCCGGAGACCGCCGAGGAGGCUGCCGCCGAUGCCGCCACGGCCGAAAGGGCGCCGCAAGGGGAAUACUCCAACCGGGACCGCUUCGGGUUCAGUCUCCAAGACGGCCUCGUCGUCUACGUGGGCCCGCACCGCUUACAGCGAAGGAUCUACUUGCCCAAGGCGUUGCUCGGCAAGGCCUUCGCCGCGGCGCAUGAUCGAGCACACUUCGGCCUGGCCAAGACCAUUCCGCUUCUGGAGGGCCUCUACCACCCCAAGCUCGUCAGCCUUCUACGCGCGUACAUCGAUAACUGCCCACCCUGCUUGCGCACCAAGACGAGGCCCCGAACCGGCUGCCUGUCGUUGGACCGCGCCGAAGCGGCCUGCACGCGCCCGUUCCACUCCGUGUCAAUGGACAUCGUCCUCGGUCUACCCGUCUCACACGGCCUCGACGCGAUACUCGUGGUGGUCGACCUGUUCACCAAGACGCUUCUGACUUCGGCCUGCUCCUCGUCCAUCACCGCCGAAGGCGUCUACGAGCUCUUCUCGCGCUUAGUCCUACGGCGGGGUUGGAAGCCAAAAGUCAUCAUCACCGACUCGGACAAGCGCUUCAUCGGCGAGCACGGCCAACAGUUCGCGCGCAGCAUCGGCGCAACCCUCACGCCCUCGGCGCCGCACCACCAGCAGGCCAACCCAGUCGAGCGAUACAUCCAGACGCUGAAGCGCGUCCUCCGAGCCCUGGCGAUGCGACCGGGAGGCACAUGGGUAGAUGACCUCAACCUCGCCGAACCAGCGAUCAACGCGGCACCGUCGCUCGCAACAGGCUACAGCCCCGACGCGCUACUCUACAUCACGCCACCGCAGGCCGCCACCACAGCGCCUUCCUCGGCGUCCUCGGACGACCAGCGCAAAGAAGCCGAGGCCCGCGUCGAGGAGGCUGUCUACAACCUGCUCCGUCAACAGGUCGAAGUCAAGCGGCGUUUCGACGGCCGCCACCAACCGCUCCCAGAUCUAGUUGCAGGCGACAAAGUCCUCAUCCGUCUCCAAGACCGACCCGUUCCCUUCGCAAGCACAGAGCAUCGCCUUGACCCAUCGUUGCUCGGCCCUUUCCCGAUCGCCGAAGUCCUGUCAGACCACCGCGUACGGCUCGACCUGCCCGCCAACCUACAGAUCGACCCGCACUUCGACCGCUCUCACCUCCAGCUCUGCCCACGCAAGCCGGAUCCUUUCGGCCGCCCUCUCGAAAGCACAGCCAUCGAGGCGCCCAACGAUGAAGACGAGCCCAGGUGGGAAGUCGACCAAAUCGUCGGCGAACGUCUCUUCCGCGGCUAUCAGCAAUACCGAGUGCUGUGGAAAGACGACCCGACCCCGACAUGGGAGUUCGAGGCCGACCUGAUCGACGACGGGUGCGCCGGCGCCAUCGCGGACUACAAGGCCUCGGCCGGCGACCUACCCGCUCGCCCGCACAUCGCCGACGCCGGCGCAACCCCAGACGCCGACGACGGCGACCCGGACGGCUCGCACACCGAACCUCGCGAAAGGCCAUCCACGACCGAGAGACCCAUCGCCUUCAUCUCGACCCCGACCUCUCCCUCCGAAGCGAAGCUGCUCGGCCUCGAGCUGGAGAUGUCCUGCCUCGUCUGGGCCCUCCACCAACUCCGCCAUUACCUCGAGGGCGCACCCAGCAUCAUCGUCGUAACCGAUCACGCACCCCUCGGCGCGGUCCUGCGCGCCUCCUCGCGCUCCCGUCGCCUUUUCACACCGCGCAUCGAGAGGCUGCGCACGUACAUCAUGCCCUUCCUCGACUCGCUAUCGUUCGUCCAUCGAGCCGGCAAAGCUCACGGGAACGUUGACGCCAUAUCGCGUCUGCGUCACCUGUCCAACUAG